AGGAAGUCUCUCCGGAUUGCUCUGAUAUUUAAUCUGUGAACAAGACGAACAAAAGUUGCCUGAGUUGCCAUACAAUGUAGACCUCAUGAGUGCAAGAAAUGCGUUUUUGUUGCUGCUAAUGCUAAUUGUCAUCUUUGUGGCAGAAGGAAAGGAUGACACACCUCAAAGAUUCCUCCUCUACGACGUAAACCCAGGCGAGGGGUUCAAUCUGCGCAGAGAUGUGUACCUACGGAUGGCCGUCUUGGUCUCUCACCUGAACGCUCUUCAACCGUGGACUUUGGUUCUGCCUCCGUGGUCUUCUCCGUACCACUGGCGCUCCAACCAUUUGGAUCAAGAAAGAAUUCCCUGGUUUAAAUUUUUUGAUAUCCAAAGUCUGAAUAAGUUUGUUCCUGUCCUUGAGCUUCAUGACUUUCCGAAUAAAAAUAAACAUUGGAAAAUAGACGAGGUUAUCAUUUUGCAGCACUUUGACUUUCAGGAGAAUUCUCUUUGGGAAGAGAAAUUGGAAUAUGUCGAGUGCAACGAGUCAGAAAUUUAUUAUUGGAAGGAACAGGACAACAAGUGGAGAGGCAGAUUUUGGAAUUAUGCAAAUAUUUCAGCGUCGAGUGUCCGGUGCAUGGCGCUUCAGGGUCUGGCAACAACCCUUAUACCUUUCUUAAUUGAACAAAAAGCAAAAGCAAUAAUGCUGGACAGAGCUGAAGUUGCUCUGCACCACGCUUUCGGUGACGUCGAAUACUGGGCUGCUCGACGCAGUAUGCGAUUUGCAAGAAAUUUAGUCGAAGCGGCUCAUUUGUUUAGAAAAAGUCAUUUGAACUCCUCAAAUGAGAGUGACAACACUGUUAGACCCAACGAUUGGAAAUCGGAGGAACAACAGGUUGAUUUGAGUUUAAAUCGUGGAGGCCCAUACAUUGGAGUGCAUUUGAGAAGAAAAGACUUUGUGACUGGCAGAGCAAAAGAUGUUCCCAGCAUAAAUAGUGCAGCCAAACAAAUAGAAAAGUUGGCCAAGAAAUUUGAUGUAGGCAAAGUUUUUGUUGCUUCCGAUGGGACGGAUAAAGAAUUAAUCGAGCUUCGGAAGGCUUUAUCUCAUUUGAUGGUGCACCAAUUUCAACCAACAAAAGAGGAAGUUGAGUUGUAUUUAGAUGGUGGCGUUGCCAUAAUUGAGCAGAUCAUCUGUUCUCACGCGCGAGCAUUUAUCGGGACCUACGAAUCAACAUUUUCCUUCCGAAUACAGGAAGAACGGGAGAUCAUGGGGUUCCACCCAGACACAACUUUCCAACGAUUGUGCGGAGACGACGACGUUGCUUGCGAGCAGCCGUCCAGGUGGAGAAUUCAAUUUGAUUAAAACUUUCAUUUAAAAAUUUCAUUUAUUUUAAGCUUUUGUCAUUAAAAUUUACAAAAUACAUUUUGGCACUGCUAGUGAGAUUCUUUACUGACAAAAAUAAUAUGAAUUUAAUUAACGGAUCAGCCGAGCUCAAAAUAUCACUUGUGCUGGAAUACGUUGUACUUGAAACAAAUACCUUUCUCUUCUUGGAUACCCUCUGGAACAUCAGGGUCUUCGACUCUUUCGAAUUUUGUUUCAUCCAUUUCAGGGAAAAAGGUGUCACACUCAAAAUCGGCCAAAAUGUCGGUCAAGUAGACACGAUGGCAGGAGGUUGAGUUGAGAGCAGCCUAAAAAUAAAAUUAAAUCAAAUU